AUGACGCGAAGCAAGUUCACGCCUGGUCCGUUCCCGUGUGGCGUCAUGUUUGUUGCAUCGAAUAGCAUUGGAACGUCGUUAUUUGUGACAGGAAAGACCCAUGUUCGGCAUUUGCAACCUCUAGCAAAAAACGCCGGCAGCUGCAGUGCAAAGAAUACUCGAAGGAAAUCGAGGAUGCAAGCAGGCGCUACCACGCUCAAAGCGGUUGCCUCGGAGCGCCGUUUGUGCACGCAGCGCUCCGAAGAGAUCAUGCGUGACGCCGUCAACGUUAUGCCCGGAGGCGUAUCUUCCCCGGUGCGAGCUUUCCGAUCUGUUGGCGGGAACCCAAUCGUUUUUGAGUCGACGAAGGGGAGCAAGAUAGUUGACGUGGACGGCAACGAGUAUAUCGACUACGUCCUUUCUUUUGGACCUUCUGUUGUCGGCAGCGCGAAUGACGAAGUUAUCGAGGCGGUAUCUACGCAGGCUCGUAAAGGGCUAUCGUUCGGAGCGCCCUCUUACCUUGAGAAUCAACUAGCGCACGCGAUUAUCGAUGCUGUUCCCAGCGCCGAGAUGGUGCGUUUCGUGAGCAGCGGCACCGAGGCAUGCAUUUCGGCGGCUCGCUUGAUGCGAGCCUAUACUGGUCGCGAAAAAAUCAUCAAGAUGACGGGAUGUUACCACGGACAUGGUGAUAGUUUCCUGGUAUCAGCUGGUUCAGGUGUGGCGACACUCGGACUGUCGGAUUCACCUGGUGUGCUGAAGAGCGUUGCUUCGGCAACCAUCGUUGUCCCGUACAAUAACAUUGAAGCCAUUCGGGAAGUUUUCCGAAAGCACCAGGGAGAGAUCGCUGGUGUCUUCCUCGAACCAGUAGUCGGAAACAGUGGCUUCAUCGAACCACUGCCGGGGUAUUUGGCGGAGCUCCGGGAGAUUACCAAACAGAAUGGUGCGCUUUUGCUUUUCGACGAAGUCAUGACUGGCUUCCGGAUUAGCUACGGCGGUGCUCAGAGUCAUUUUGAUGUCACACCUGAUCUGACGACGCUCGGAAAGGUUAUUGGCGGGGGCUACCCGGUGGGUGCGUACGCCGGCCCGCGCCAUAUCAUGGAAACGGUAGCGCCGGCUGGCCCGAUGUACCAAGCGGGUACACUGAGUGGCUCUCCAGUCGGCAUGGCCGCUGGCCUGAAAACGCUGGAAAUCCUCCGCCGCCCCGGCACCUACGAGUACCUUCAGCGCAUCACCCAACGACUUGUCGAGGGGCUCCUCGACGCAGCGCGCUCCAAUGGCCAUGAGGCAUGUGGUGGGUCGCUUUACUCGAUGUUCGGGAUGUUCUUUACCAAGGGACCUGUUCACAAUUUCGAGGACGCAAAGAAAUCGGACACUGAAAAGUUCAAGAAAUUCCAUCGUGGAAUGUUGGAGGAGGGCGUUUACUUGGCUCCGUCUCAGUUCGAAGCCGGUUUUACGUCGCUUGCGCACACCGAGGACGAUAUCGAGCGUACUAUCGAAGCGGCUCGUCGUGUGCUCGCGCGUAUUCCGGCCUGA